AUGGCACCGGAGGAAAGUGUGCCAUGCGAAGAUUUUGCCACAUGCGGUGCGGCCCAGUUUCAAAACAAGAAUUUUCCGAAAAAUGUCAAGCAACAGGAUUCGUACUUCGUCGUGGAGGACAUGGCCAACACGUUCGGGGUGCGACUGGGAGGCAUUGACCGUGUUGCACUAUACGGUGUGGUGGACGGGCAUGGUGAGUGUGGAGAGGUUUGCGCGGCGUUUGUGCGUCGGCACCUGCCAACGCAGCUUGCACAAUCUCGCCACUUCUCGGAAGGCCAACUUGAAUCUGCCUUGGUGGAAGCGUUCGUGCAGACGGACUUGUUGCAGCAGUCUGCAGGCUUGCCGCUCUGGGCCUCAGGAGCCUGUGUCACAGCAGCUGCGGUCACACCAACCAGCAUCGUGGUCGCCAACUGCGGCGAUUGCAGAUGUGUCUUGGCAGAGCAGGGCGCUGCCCACGAUCUGUCUUCCGAUCACAACGUGCAGAGCGCAACGCCGGAGGAGCGCCGGCGGGUGCUUGCAGCAGGCGGCAGCUUUACAGCGGACAAUCGUGUCACAACUGGAGGUGCUCCGGGCCGGCUGGCGACGACGCGUUCUCUCGGGGACUACUGGGCAAAGCCGCAGGGACCUGCAGAGGGUCACAUCGUCUCUGGUCUUCCAGAGAUCCGCACAAUAAUGCGACGUCCCGGGCAGCAGUUCCUGCUGUUGGCAUCAGAUGGCAUCUUUGGCUUCAUGUCAUCUCAAGAAGUUGUGUCCUUGCCACGGCCUUGUGAAUUUGCAGAAGAGGCCAAGCCGACGGUCCUUCUGUUCUACUGCAGUGAUUGCCCAACUUCAAAACGGGCAAUGGACGAGCUACAGAAGCUUUCGACAUCUGCGAAAUACAAGGACGCCGUCAGCUUCCUACUCGUGAACUUGGAAGGUCUUGACAAAGCUCGAGAGUUUGCAGCAGCCAAUCGCUUGAAGAGCACCGUGUGGCAUGGUGCCGGCGUUCCUCCUGAAGCGUAUGGUAUCCGCUACGUGCCGCACAAAACCUUGAUUGCUUCGACGGGCAGUGUUGUCACAAAUUUUGAUGAUUUGGACUUGAACGUCUUGGCUGCCCUUUUGUAA